AUGAGCAGUGUCCUUCCAUCUCCUGCAGCCCAACCCUCCGGGCAAAUAGCUACAGUGAGCCGUGUCAGGCAGUGCCAGGACUCAACAGUGGUGAUCCAGCCCUCUCCCGUGGUGGUGACCCUGCCCGGACCCAUCCUCAGCUCCUUCCCCCAGAACACCGCUGUAGGAUCCUCAGCAUCUGCAGCCAUUGGGAGCAUUCUCAGUGCUGAGGGAGUGCCCAUCUCCUCUGGCAGCUCCUUGGGAUUUGGGAGCUUUGGCUAUCCAGUCCUGGGCAGUGGCUAUAGCUGGCCCUACUAUUGCUACAACACCUACUGCCGUGGUUUCUAUGGGCCGUGCUAA